ACCAAUCAUAUCCAAGUAGAGGUGCAUAGUUUGGUUGCUUUAACAGAAGCUACUCGGUUUCUCAGCAACAAACCAUCAACAACUUAGCGGAUCAUUCAACCACCGUCUAGGUUCCCCUUAUACAGUGACAGCUAUAAUUCCGCAUAUGCUUUGCCACAUAUUAGACAUGCGCAGUGAACAUUUGUUAAACCUGGAGAUGGGGCCGUACGAUGGGAGUGUUUGAAAAUGUUGCUGUUUCGUGCGCUUGUUCAUGAUUAUGAUCAUGGAGAACUUGGUGGAUUCUCAGGAAUUCAAUUUAAAACUGCUUGACCACAGCAAUCAUGUUGGACUUCAACAAUUGGCAUCACUAGCAGCAACAGGAAGGACAUUACUGGGUCCUAAUAAGAGCCUCAAGUUCAUAAUUGACAGCAGCACCCAUGAAACAGCUGUAACUUGUUCAGCCUUUAGACUUCUUCAGCAUUUAGAUUUAACCAGUGCAGCGGGGCAGCUUCUUAAUGAAACAGUGCAGGCACAUCAUAGUGUGUAUAAGACUGGAACAACCACUUUACUGUUUCUUGUGGGAGCUUGGAGUGAGGCCAUUUUAGAAUGCCUUAGAAGGCACAUCCCUAUUCCCGUAAUUGCAGCAGUCAUGUCUCAGGGGCUUGAGUCUUGCAUUGCUUUAGUCCAAGAAUGUAGUGUACCAGUAAAGGAAAUGAUAAAAAUGGAUGAUAGUGGAAGCUGUAACACUGACACUGUAGCACUGUCAUCAGAUGACUCUAGUCAGUGCUCCACAAAGAUACAAAAGAAUUCAUGUUUGUUAGUCCAAAGCAGUCAUGCAGUGAAGGAAAUGUUUUCAGCUCAUAUUAGAACUGGUUUCCAAUCACUUUCCCCUAAAACAGAUUUUUUACCAAAAUGUUAUUCACACUUAAAAUCAAGUAAAUUUCCUUCUGGGUUAAGUACAAGCAAAUUGAAUGGAAGAAACUUACAUAUAAGGCACAGUAGAUAUUUUGGUAAUGCAGGAGGAAAAAAAGCCAAUGAAUUAACUAACUUAGAUCAUCCCAUCAAAUCUUCUGAAGACAUUCAUAAGCAUGCUAACAUCAGCCACUUGGCUGCACCUCUGAGUCAUGGCAAUCAUCAUGGCAUGAAACUAGUAGUACAAGCAUACCAACUACAACAUCAGAAUACUGAUGCCAUUAAUAAUGUCCAUCAAACUAUUCCUUUGUUUUUUAUUGAAAAAGUUGUCUCAGUUUGUCUACCAGGAUUGUCUGAAGAUCACUCUUGUGCCAUUUUAGGGUAUGUUACAUUAGUGUCUGUGGAGAAAGCCACACUUGCAAAGCAACUCCAGGAUAAAUGCCUCCGUAUUUUACUCAUUCACGGUGACUUAACUGAAAAAUACCGCCACGUAGGAUUUCAUAACCCCAGUUUAAAAGUAGUAAGUGUGAACGUUGAUGAAGUGGGGAUAACUUCAGAUGAAGAGUGGCAUACAAACGCUUUAAAAAUCAUAACUCAAGCAAAUGUAAAUUUAAUUCUAGUAAAAGGAUCAGUAUCCGAUGAAUUAAUGAAGCAGUGUUUUAAGUACAAUAUUCUGGUUCUCAGCUUUGUGAAAGACUGUGUCUUACAGGCAUUUGCUGAGACCACAGGAGCAAUUCCGGUGGCCUAUAUCUAUCAAGUCCACGAGCACUGUGUUGGAAAUGGAGCAGAAGUUAGUCUGUGGACAGUGGCAAAUAGAAGAAUGGUUGAGUUGCAUGGUGAAGUAGCAAUUGUUGUUAAAACGGACAACAUUUCACUGGUGACAGUUGUGCUAAGUAGUCCAGUAAUUCCAAAGCUACAGGUAAUGGAGGACCUAUUCUGGUCAUGUGCUUAUCGUCUUCAUCAUGCUCUUACUGAUGAGAGAGUCCUAGUUGGUGGUGGCUACACUGAAUUUUUGUGCAUCAGUCAUCUUCAGAAAUUUGAGAAUUUGCCAAAUUUUCAAACAGAGAAAAAUAGUGAAGUUGAGCCAAGGUACAUUUUACCCUGGCUGUCUGAACUUGCAACUCCUUACAAACCAAUCAUCUUUGAAUCUAUGGCAGGUGCUUGGAAUAAGUACCUUUGUACUGUUUUGCUUAGGACUGGUCAUUUUGACUCCAAAAUAAAUGCUAAGUUGGCUGUACAGUACUGUCUUACUAAAGUGUGCUGCAGUAAUUCUGUUCCUGCUCAGUUAUUUGAAAAAUAUAUUCACGAAUUUGAACAUAAAGACACUACUGAUUAUACAGGAAGAAGCACAGAUAGCUCAAAUGCUUUUGAUAAUGUCACAGUAAAAUUUGAAACUUGGAGAAGAGCAUUAGAUUUGGUACUGUUAAUCCUUCAAACAGAUGCAGAAAUUCUCACAAACUGUUGUACAACUGACCAUUUAAGAACUGAAGAACUGAGAAAUAAAGUAAAUUUCCUGUGAAA